AUGUUGACUGUGGCAUAUGGUGAAGCUACCUUGGACCGAAGCAACGUUUAUCGGUGGUACAAAAUGUUCUCAGAGGGCCGAGAAGAUGUGAACGACGAAGAGCGUGCCGGACGCCCGAGCAUGUCAACAACAGACGAAAACAUUGAUGAAGUGAAGAAAAUAGUAUUGGCCAAUCGUCGAAUCACCGUUAGAGAAGUUGCUGAGGACCUAAACAUAUCGAUUGGCUCGUGCCAUUCGAUUUUUACUAAUGAUUUGGGCAUGAGACGGGUCGCCGCGAAAUUCGUACCAAAAUUGCUCAAUUUCGACCAAAAACAGCAUCGCAUUAACAUUGCUAGGGAGCUGUUGGACUCUGUCCGCGACGACCCAAAUUUGCUCCAGAGGGUCAUAACUGGUGACGAAUCAUGGGUUUAUGGUUAUGACGUGGAAGAGGCACAUGAAAGGACGACGCUACGCUACGAUUGA